GGAGAAGGAAGAAAGAAGACGUAGAGGCACGUGAUGUUGUCCUGCUGUUCCAACUGCUCAUUCCUCUACAGACCGCCUAGUGCCUGUGCUGGCACGACCACCCCAGUAUCCCGUCUGGGAUAUUUCAUUCAGUUUUUCCAAAUACUAUCCGCCAAGUCCUCGAGCCGCGUCCACGAGUGAUCUAGACAAAAUCCCAAAGCGUAUCGCUGACAAAACAGGAUUUAAAUCCCAAGUACCUUGAUCAGCGACGCCACAAAUCAAAACGUUCCAGCAUGGCUGCCUUGGGUAAUCUGGUUCACCCGGCUCUCUUCUACGAGAUGUGCGUCACGAUGAUCCGGAUGUACAGGGACGGAUCUUACAGCGUCAUCUUCCGUAACUGGAGACGCAACUCUGCGUCCUCCACGACGACCAUCGAGCCCGCGGAGCCUCUGGACUACCUCCCGUCAAUCUCACCCACGUCUCUCGUUCCUCCGGAGCUCCUGUGGGAGGACACGGAGACACCGGACCUCCUCAUAUCCGAAGAGACUCCCUUGACGGACGACACUGCCAUGACGGACGCCAACCGGGAACCUGGAGACACCACGAUGGAACUGAGCCAGUCGCAGGAGAACAUACUAGCCUUCCAAGGCGACAUCUACACGAUCAACCGUCGCAAGAAAAGGGCCGAGAAAAGGCUCGCAGAGGUUAUGCAAGCUAGAGAUAAGCUGGAAAAGGCGGGCCUCCUCUCUCGAAGAAAGGGAACGCCCACAUACGGCCAAGGAUCACGUCGACGCCUCACUCCGCCGGUCAUUGAGAGGCAUCGCGACCGUCGCACCCUUACCCGGAGAUCCAGCAUUCCAGAUGACGAAGCACUUGUUGCCUUGAAGAAGGUCCGUCUCCGAGGUGCACGGGGGUCUAUUCCAUCUGUUUCUAGCGUGGAUUCUGCCGUCAGUCAUUCCGUCGAAAGCCUGCACGAGGUCCGUAAGAAAACCCAGAAGGAUCCCAACAGGAGAGUGUCUAUAGCUGUAGCAAAGGAUAUCGACCGAUCACGUACAUCUAGUUCGUCAAUUUCUGAAGAAUCGCUUGCUGAAGAGCCUCCCCAGGUCGCCCCGAUUCAGAGCUCAUUAAAGCCGAUGGCCCGUCGCGCUUCUGGACUUCCUGUUUUACCGUUGCGUAAGAUCUCCAUCGUUACGCCAGAGAACAUUGAACAGCAAGAUUCUCCCAAGGAAGAAGGCCCUUCUUCGGUAACCAAGAUGGAGCGAUUUCGUUCCACAGAUGUGUCCGAAGACAACAUUCCGUUGGCAGAAACCAGCGUAAAACGUCCAGCGUCUGACGAAUCAGCGCGUCCAGGACGCCGAGCCACCACGUUCCGUACAGAUGACGGAAGCGAUGCUAUCCGAGUACAGGAGAGUUCGGAACAGGGCUCUAAGCCGUCGAGUGCGGACACACCUCCAAAGCCUCCGCCACCGGAUAUAAUCGACAUGUACGUCAGUACAGGUGUUCAGCACCCCAUUGGCCUCAAGACGACAUCUCUAAAGAUGGAUCGGUCAAAGGCAACGGCAGAUCGCAAGAUGUCCACAGGAGAUCGACGCUCCCCGAGGGUGGACGAGCAGUUGCCAUCGUGGUUUAACUUGGAUUACGAUGGCAGCGAUGUGGCUAACAUAGACGCGACGGUAGAAGCCGAGAUACUUCGUCAGAAGGUGGCAGCGUGGGAUCCAUCGCAGGAAGAUGCCUACGCUCUGACUGCAGCGGAUGAGUUUGAAGUGGACGAUGAUAAAAAGCUGUACGGUCCUCAACCGCAAGCUGGGGCACCGGGUCCCCUAGAGGAGACGUAUGCUGGACAGAAAAAGAGCUACGCUUUCGCCACGGAAUCCCAACCUUCCCGAAAGGAGUUGUCCCCUCGUGGAAGGUCCACUCCUGAUGCCGAUACCACAACCUACGACGAUCUCCAAUGGGCGUAUGGCGAAGAAGACAUUCGGCAGACCCAGGAACAUGCACCGCAAGGGUCCAGUCAAGAACUCUGUGCGGAGAGCAAGAGUUCAAUCGAAACACCGACCAAGGCGAAGCGUGUCCAAACAACGCAACCAUUUAAGCUGCACAGCUCUUCUCGACGACCCCCAAAAAGCGCACCGGCAGCAGAGGAAGCUGUGGAGGUAGCAAAACUUGCAGAGGCACCGCCGAGACAACGCAAGAAGUCAAUUUCUGCAGCGAGCCCCAGAAGGGGGAGCUUGAAGGAGAAGACACAGACCAGCAGCAGCGAACCCCAGUCUUCGUCGUUCCUGCUUUCUUCGGAGGUAGCGCUUAUGCGGACGGGGGCCUCGACGAAAACUAGAACAAAGACCAUAUCGGAGGAGCAAAGAUCCAGACGGUCCAUCCGCUCUGUCGCGCUCGUGGAAUAUGUGCCACAGGAUUCCGGACAGCUCGCGUCUCCCGGCCAAGUCAAGGGCGACGAAUACGAGGAGUAUCUCGGCAAUGAAUGGGUGGCGUCAGGCAGCGGCAGAACCCCCCUGACGCCCACCCUAACGCCUACCCUAACAGCGUCCGCACUGGAUCUCGUUGACAGCGGACAUGAUGGCGCCAGGACCUCCGAGGAAGGAACUCCCCUAGGUACUCCCAAAGAUGGAAGUCCACCGGCAACUCUACGAGACCACAAGGAACAAGAAAAGCAGGCGCUGCAAAGACCAGAGCAGGUAACGCCUCAGGGACUCGUCAAGAAAACAGCAGAGACAGCUGCCCAAGCGGCUGGCAAGGACGAAGGAGUACAAGUGUCCGUGCAUAAGAGGCACAAGAAAAAAAAGAAACUCGAAAAGCAGUCACGGGAACCGCUGCGCGACAAGGAAGAGGCUCCGGAACUGGCCGCGAUUCCAGAGAAGGCGGAAAAGGUUAAAAAGAAGAGGAAGAAGAAAAGGAAGCACAAGAAAGAUGCUCAAGACAAGAAUGAAAAACAGACACGGGACAGGCAAGCGACAGAGGAACACUCCGAACGACGGGUGAAGUCUCUUGAGGACAUCAACCGCUUCAUGGAGGACAUCCAGGCACGCGAAGAUCACGAACCGUUGCCCACCUUCUCGCUGAGCAGCCUCACCAGCGUGAACCGCAGCACCGCCGCCGCGCAGCCCCUGCGGACGGCAGAAUUUAUGCGCGACUACGCUACACUGUCGCAGACCGGGGAAGUUAACCUCGUCAUUAAUGCGAACACGAAGAAUAUGACGUCCAUGUUGUGGCCCUUCGGACUUCAAUGCGACGAACGGCGGAUGAGCUCUGCGCGCAAGUUUCAUCCAUGCGCGCAAGUUUCAUCCAGCCAGGGGCAAACACACGGAGCGUCACGCUAACGGGCAGGAAGAAUAAUUCUCAUUAGUAACAAUGCUAAUGAGGAGACAAUUAGUAAAGCACCUUACAGAAAUGA